CUACAUAAUUUUAAGUCUUCCUUACACAUUUUCUCUCUCUUUUUUCUCACCUCUUCUGAGGUUCAUAAUCAUCAAAACUCAAGAAAAAAUAUACAAAAAUUUAAAAAAGAUGAUUUUUUCUAAAAAUAUUAGUGCUAAAUUAUUAUUAGGAGGUUUCAAAAAUCUCAGUUUAAUUGUAAUAAUUGUGUUUCUUCAGUUCUUUGCAUUUGCUUCUGCACAACAAGCUACUUCUAACUCUACAUGGUUGACACUUAAUGGGUCACCUCCUUUAGUAAUAGCAAAAGGUGGGUUUUCAGGGUUAUUUCCUGAUUCAAGUGCAAAUGCCUAUCAAUUUGCAACUAUGGUUAGUGUACCAGAUGUGGUACUAUGGUGUGAUGUUCAGUUGACAAGAGAUGGUGUUGGAAUUUGCUUCCCUAAUCUUAAACUUGAUAAUUCUUCUGGCAUUGAACAUGUUUUUCCAAAUGGGAGUAAUUCAUAUGAUGUUAAUGGUGUUCCAACAGAUGGGUUUUUUCCCAUUGAUUUUACUUUUGAGGAACUAUCAACAGUCCCAUUGAUUCAAGGAAUUUUUACUCGGAAUCCUGUUUUUGAUGGCAUGUUCCCGAUUCAAAGUGUUGAGGACGUGUUUAUGCAAAAUGAACCUGCAGGUUUUUGGCUUAAUGUUCAGCAUAAUUCUUUCUAUAGCCAGCACAAUUUGAGCAUGAGGAGCUUUAUCCUUAAUGCUGCAGAGAGCAUGAACAUUAGCCACAUCUCUUCACCUGAGGUCAACUUUUUGAGAGGACUUGCAACACCAUUUGCAUCAACCAGCACGAAAUUGGUUUUCCGCUUUCUUGACCAAGAUGAAACAGAACCUUCAACUAAUCAGUCUUAUGGUUCUCUUUUGACAAAUCUAACCAUGAUUAGUACAUUCGCCUCCGGUAUCCUUGUCCCGAAGAAUUACAUAUGGCCAGUCGAUGCAACCUCAUACCUGUUACCUCAUACUUCUCUGGUGGCUGAUGCUCAUAGAGUUGGACUUGAAGUUUAUGCUGCAGGUUUUGCAAACGAUGUAUCAUUUGCCUACAACUUUAGUUACAAUCCAGUUGAUGAGUAUCUUUCUUUCAUUGACAAUGGGAACUUCUCUGUGGAUGGUGUUUUGUCUGACUUCCCAAUAACACCAUCAGAAGCAAGAGAUUGCUUUGCCCAUCUUGGUGUAAAUGCAUCAGCACAAGCUACGCCCUUGGUUAUAUCAUACAAUGGAGCGAGUGGAGACUACCCGGGUUGUACUGACAUAGCAUACACACAAGCUAUUAGAGAUGGUGCAGAUUUUAUUGACUGCCCUGUUCAAAUGUCACAAGACGGUAUACCUUUCUGUUUGAGCUCUGUCAAUCUCCUGAAUAACACACAAGCUACGCAAUUCAGGAAUCUUAUGUCGACUGUUCCUGAAAUUCAGCCAGCUCCUGGAAUAUUUUCUUUCAUGCUUGAUUGGGCUGAUAUUCAAGGCUUGACUCCAAUGAUAGCAAGUCCAUACUCAGCUUCAUUUUUGCUCAGAAACCCGAGAUCCAGGAACGCCGGGAGACUCGUGUCCUUGGCCGACUUUUUGGACCUGGCGAAUAAUUCUAGUUCACUUUCUGGUGUGUUGAUCAAGAUUGAGAAUGCUGAAUACCUGGCAGCAAACCAGGACCUGAGUAUAACUGAAGCAGUUUCAGAUGCAUUAGAAUUAUCUGGCUUUAACAACAACACAGCUGCAAAGAAGGUUAUGAUUCAAUCCACCAGCAGCUCAGUUCUGAAGGCAAUGAGGGGGAAUAGCUAUGAACUUGUCUAUCAUGUCGAUGAGAUUAUUCGUGGGGCCCUCAACGAUACAAUUGCAGACAUAAAGACUUUUGCUGAUUCUGUGGUUGUUGACAGGAAAUCUGUCCUUCCGUUUAACCAGAUGGGGUUCCUUACAAAUAUGACCAAUGUUGUAUCACAGUUUCAGGCAUUUGAGCUUCCUGUGUAUGUUCAGGUUCUUAGCAAUGAGUUUUCGAGCAUACCGUUUGAUGCCUUCUCUGAUCCAGUGGUCCAGAUCAAUACAUUCGUUCAUGCAGCUAAUGUUACUGGUGUCAUUACAGACUUCCCCCGAACUGCUGAUGCAUACAGGAGGAAUAUGUGUUUGAAUAUGAACAACACACCAGCUUACAUGAUGCCAGCUCAGCCUGGGGCGUUGAUCGGUGUCCUUCCCCCAGGAGCAUCACCUCCGGCUGGGUCUCCUACUCCGGUCCUCACUGUUGAUGAUGUGUCGCAGCCGCCUCUUACUUCUGUCGUACUACGAAAUGCCUCGUCCCCACCAACGGGAUCCCCAUCAACAUCAGCAAAUGGCCAACAUAAAGUUGCUGCUUCUGUCUUAUUAUCUCUCUUGGCUUUGGUUGUGGCAGUUGCUCAUCUGUUUUGAUAGGCUUUGUGCAAAAAAAAAGGCUAAAUGGAGAAUUUGUUUUCCACCGAACACCUUGAAGAAUUGUUAUAGGACCCGUACCAAGUGGAUUUACCAAAAUGCCGCUUCCUUACAUGUUCGGCGGAGAUUAGGUUUUCAAAUAGCCCGACUCUUUGUUCAAACACAGUUCGUCGUACAUACUUGAUUGCUUUGUAGUCCACCAUAGACUUCACACAGUUUUCCCCCCUUGUUCAUCCCUUUUUUCUCCUACCCCUCAUUUUGGGUCAUUGUUAUGUUGAAAUUUUUUGAGUAAAUAUUUGAAGGCAAAUUGUUUUUGUUUAUAUUAAUACUUAUGUUUCAUA